GACACUUGUCCGGCUCUCAUUGUGGUACGCUCCUCUCACAGAAUCUCCACACCCAAGAAGAAAGAGACUUUACAGGGCAGGCCUUCUCACCAUGGCCUCUAAAGGGAAGAGAUUUGUCUUCCUGCUCAUCAUCGUCUCUGCAGCCUUGGCUAAGCCACCAGAUAUGGACCCUGGACAGAAACCUUACCUCCCACCACCUCAGUUCAAGGAAAUGGCCAAAAAAUUGAUGAAGAAAUGCCUGCAGAUGGGACACCCUGUCCCCCAGAUGAAGCCACCAGGACGUCCUGAUAAAAGCGACGUGCCAGAGGGGAGCAGAAAUGGCCCAGAGAGCGGCAUCCUACCCUCCACGUUUGCCAACAUACUGUCUUCUUUUCCUCCUGCGGACACGAGCCGAGCUGACCAAGUCCCCUCUGCUGAGUCAGACAGCAUGGAUUUGACCAACAAGAUGUGGAAUUGCACCGGUCUUCAAUCUAUGAUCAGGCUGAUGAGGAAUUCCUCUGAGGCAUCUGCAUGUUACAUGCGGGCGUUCGCGGCUCCUUACUCCUGGAAGAUUUUGACCACAAUGGGUGACAGAGACAUGGACCCAGAGGACUAUGACGGCAUGGUGUGGGCUGCCAAACCUCUCCUGCAGAAUAUGCCGCCUGUCAAAAUGAACUUGCCUCCCAUGAAGCGUCCCUACAUGACCAAGAUGAUAAAGAUGCUGAGGGAGGCGUUUGAUUUCCUGUCUGAGGACCAGAGGGUUUAUGUCAGGGAGUGGGUAAAGGAGCAGGUCUUCCAGAACUACUUCAACUGCACCAGGAAGGCUGCAUCCAGGCCCAAACCAGGGGUGAGUCCGAAUCCAUCUGAGUCAAACCCAACAACUCAGGAUCCAUCUGAGUCAAACCCAACAACUCAGGACCCAUCUGGGUCAAGCCCAACAAGUCAGAAUCCAUCUGAGUCUAACCCAACAAGUCAGAGACCAUCUGAGUCAAACCCAACAAGUCAGAGACCAUCUGGGUCAAAACCAACAAGUCAGAGACCAUCUGGGUCAAAACCAACAACUCAGAAUUCACCUGAGUCAAGACCAAGAAGUCAAGAUCCAUCCACAUCAUCUGAGGAGAGGACAAGAAAACAAAAACCAUCCAGACCGAAGCCAAACCAGAGCCAGGGAAUGUCAUCGUUCCAGCACCCAGUGGUGACCAAACACUGCCCACCCAAACUGAUGUGGCUGAAAAGAGAGGUGUUGCAGGAGAUGGGGCCCUACGUCUCCCGAUUGCGCUUGGACGAUGUUAAGUCUUCCCCAAAAAAUGAGAUGUGUGAAUUCUUCAAGUCUCCCCAGUUCAAAUCCUCAUUCAGCGGAGCGGCAGGGAUCAAGCCUCUCCUGGCCAAGAAGCUUCUCCAAACGGUCCAGACCUGUUUCAGUGACCAGGAGUUCCCACAGCAUGUGGGCAGGCUUGGUAUGCUGGCCUGUUUCUAUCAAGAUCCUCCGGCCGUGAAUGCCACUCUCACCAAAGAUUUCCUCUCCCAGCUUGACAACUGUAACAACCCCAAAAUCAAAAAGGUGAAGAGGCUCCUUGUGAAAAAUUUGAUGUCAUUAUACGGCAACAAUGCCAGUGCAGAGCUGCUGUACGACCUGGCCUCUGGUGUAGUGAUCCUCCCUGCCAAGCAACUGGCUAAGUUCCCUGUCUCAGCUCUCAAAAAGACUCUCAAAAGACUGUCAAAUGCCAAAUGGAGCCUGAAUCAGGCAAAACAACUGGCCAAGAAAAUACUAGGGAGAAACAAGACGCUGACUAUCGAUGACCUGAGGUCCAUGCACUCGGCAGUGAGAGGUGUGUCACCCUAUUUACUCAAGAUGGUAAAACCCCAGGAAGGCGAGAGUCUGGACAAAAAGGAUCUUAAGAAUAUCACCAAGUGGAUGAACAAAGCGCAGAGGAAGGCCUUGUUCAUGACGUUGCGAAGAUAUGUGAAAGCCUCACAGCUGCUGCAGAAAAUGCCUGGCCGCUUGCUCCCCAGCGUAUCUCUGGACACCCUGGCCAAAGCAAACCUUACCCUCAACCAACUGGACGGCAUAUACUGGAACCGAGCACAGUCAGCUUUCCUGGUCAGAAUGUUUGAGAAGAAACUGAACAAGACUGAUGAUAUUAGGAAGCUGGGUGCAGCCAUUCAGGGCAUUACCUGUAAGAUAAUUGACAGAUUUGCGGACAAUGACACCAAGAAAAUGGCUCAGGCCAUAACUGAGACUCCACAAUGGCUGUCUAAAGUACAGGCGGGCUGUGCAGCCCGAAAGCUUUUUAUAAGUUUGGAGAAAAAGAGACAAGGCUAUUUCCAAAACAUCACAAAGGAGGAGCUGGAGGAGAUUCCCACACAGUUGUUGAUUCGCCUGCCGCAUAUGAAAGUGAAGGACUUGCCUGACUCGGUGUGUCCUGUCUUCCUGGACAAAAUGAAAGAGGCUAACUUCAGUUCAUUACCCCUCCGUGCCCCGUCCCGCCUUGCACUCGCCCAGAGAGCUGUGCGCUGUCUCACUUAUGGGACAAACAUAUCCAGUCUGUCCAGUGAGGAGGUGUUGGAGCUUGGGCUGGUUGUAUGUGAGCUGCCUCCUUCCCUGCUGCACCGCAUGGCUCCUGAAACCCUCAAAUCCAGCCUCCAGGCCAUGGCCUCCUGCAAACAAAUACCUCCACCUCACAGGAAGGAAAUAAUUCAACUGCUCAUCCACACUUAUGGGAGCCAAUGUGAUUGGUCGGCUGAGACUCUGCAGUCCUUAGGCCCUCUGCUCCUAUGGGAUGACACUGCCAUAAGUGCUCUGUGCUGUAAGCCUGAGCUAAAUGAGGUGCUCUCUGACUUGAUUGUCAGCCAGUCUCACAGCCCUGCCUCAGGUGCCUUGGCCCUGAAAAAGAAACAUUUUCUCUGCAUCACGUCCACUGGUGCACGUGUAAGGUCGCAAGCUGUUAAGAAGGAUCUGGCACCCACAGUGGAGUCGAUUGAAGAACUGAAUGAGGCCAAUGUCUACUGGAGCCCUACACAGCUGGACGAGAUGACGGAGGAAACGUUCACCACCACUGUCGAAACACUUGGAGCCAUUCCCGACUAUAGCUCAGAUCAGCUGGAUGCGCUCCAAAAGAAAGCCGUAAAGGUCUGGGGUCCGGUGUCCAGUAUGAAUGAAAGCCUGGUCACCCAGCUGGGCUGUGUGUCUCAGGGCUUCAGCAGCUCUGAUCUGGAGAAGCUUCCCAUCUCCCCGGACACUCUGCAGGAAAUCGCCCACUGUGGCUGGACCCAGUUACAGACUGAGGCGGUGUGGAAGGGUUUUGCAAAGCGGAACAACCUGACAGCCCAAGAGCUGGGAGCUGUGGAAAUAGUAGCACUGAGCCGAUUCAUUUGUGGCCUCAGCUCUCGUGAAAUCGCACAAGUGAACGUGGAUGCCUUCAAGGAGGCUGUGGCCUCAGUGGGUGAUGUCCUGUGUCCAGUAUUGGUGGCACAGCAGUUGAUAAGGCUUGCCGUGACUGCUUUUGGAAAGCCCAGCACCUGGACAGAGGCAGACGUCUCCAACCUGGGCAACAUUUUGGUGGGGUUGAAUGCAGUUGAGUUGCGUUCCCUGGACCAAUCUGUCUUUCCAUUUCUCAGCCAGAGUUGCAUACCUUCCAUACCUGCAGACACCUUCGCAGUGCUCUCGGUCGGACAGCUGGAGGCUCUCGGUCCCGACAAUGCUGCCAUGGUGACCGAUGCCCAGAAGGCAAAACUGGGCAAGGCAAAGCUGGCUGCGCUUGACAGAGCUCUGGUCGGGUCUGACAGUGAAUCAGCAGACUCAGGAGCUCCAUCCCUGAGCACUGAGGGAGUAGCAGCGUUUCUGAAGCCCUUCCUCUUCCUCUUCCUGGGGUUCCUGCUGCUUUGAGAACUGAGAGACAAGCUGCAUCUGGGAACCGAGGCUCCUGAAGACCGGGCAUGAUUUUUAUUACCACACUAAAGCACUUAUGGCAAUAGAUGAUCUUUAAUCUUGCCCUAUGUAGAGUUGAAGACAUGUUUUUCAUAGAUUGUCUGAGGCAAUUUUGUCCUGUGGAUGUGUGACCGUAGGAAUUUCAGCCUUGAAAUCUUGUCAUGUAUACAUUUACAUAAUCAAACAAUGGUGAUUAACAGGUUGGAUAUUAG